AAGUUCAGAAACGGUGGAAAAGUAUGAGAGAUUCCUAUACAAAAUAUAUGAAAAGCAAAGUAAGAAGUGGUGAUGCUGCUACGUCCAGCAAACCACAUGUAUUUUAUAAGCAAAUGACGUUCCUUGAAGGAGUGCUGCAACAAAGGACAACUGCUGGGAAUAUGAACGUCAUUGAGAAUGACGACAGAACAGAGAGCGUACUAGCACCAGAACCUCGAAGUGCAGAAAAUAUUUCAAGGCCAAAACCAAAAAAGCGGAAACAAUAUACGUUCGAGGACGUAACUGUGAAGGUCUUAAAAAGGCAUUUGGAACAACCUGCACGUCAUGUGCCUGAUGCGGAUGAGAUGUUCUUCAUGUCGCAACUUACUGUUAUUAGGAAGCUUAAAACGGAGGACAAAUUAGAUUUGCAAAUAAAAUUCCUUCAACUUUUAAGGUCUUACACAAUUCCGAUGUCUUCACCUUCACCAUCUUCACCAAGUGGCAGCGCAAUUUAAUCAGUCUUUUGUACAUCACUACGAAAACUAUUCGUCACAGUCCACAGAAGAAAGAGAGUCCACAGAAGAAAGAGAAGAUGCUUUUGUGACACUUUUUGACUUGUAAUUAAAAACUAUGUCAGGUCUUUCAGAUCUAGAUUUUUUUCCUUGGCAUAAACAUUUUAAAUUAAUAUUCAUGUCUAAACAGAGAAAGAAUUAAAAGAUAAA